AUGGGGUAUGAUUAUACUAUGCCAACAGGUAUAUCGACUCCAACCCUUCCUCUUCUCGACUUGCCAUUAUUUCAAAGCACGACUGCGAAUCUCAGCGAUGAUGGUCUCACGGUUCGUGCCUACUCAAGAGCACGCCUCGUAGGCAGAGUAUACGGUUUGCAACUAGAAGAUGUGCUCCAUUUGAGCCCGAAAUUCUGGCAAUUGCACCUUGAUCUGAUCUGUCCAUUCGACAUGGCGGUUCUCACGUUAAUCACCAUACAAUACAACCUCGCUGGAGGAACGAUAUCACGAUUUGCAGUUGACCGGCCAGAUCUGCAGCCACUGAUGCAAAGCAUUCUGAAUUUUGAUGUCUCUGCCCAAUUCCUUCUCUCCGAAAUGGGACACGGCCUGGAUGCUGCGAAUCUCGAGACAACAGCCACACUGCUUCCAGGUGGCGGAUUUGAGCUCCAUUCGCCAACCCUUGCUGCAUCGAAGUGGAUGCCUCCAACCACUCCAAAAAAAGGGUUUCCUACAGUGGCCGUUGUAAUUGCACGGCUGGUCGUGGCUGGAGAAGACCGCGGGGUCCGACCUUUUGUUGUGCAACUCAAUGACGGCGUGACGAUGUGUAAAGGUAUCGUUGCAAGGCCUCUUCCGCAGCGUGGCGGAUCUACGCCGGUCGAUCACUGCAUCACAUCCUUUGACCAAGUUCGACUUCCAAGCACGUCAUUGCUUGGAUCUCUGGAAAAACCCUCCAACAUGCGCGAUAAUUUCAUGUCCGUAAUCUCACGUGUGUCCGUUGGCACCCUCUGCCUUAGCACCACGAACAUCGGAUCGUUGAAGCUGGCCGCUUUUAUAGCAGGACAGUAUAGCCUACGCCGGAUGGUAACAGGGAAGGAUGGAACUCCUGUUCCCAUCAUCAGUUUUCGUACCCAACAAAGACCCAUCUUACAUGUUCUGGCACAAACGGCCGUGUUUGAUGCCUAUGCUAGGAAUACGAUACAACAGUUUGUUAAUCCUGCUCUCGAAAAGCGUGUCCGGGACGGCCUUGGGGCGGCCUUCAAAGUCAAUCUUGUCCAGGCAACUAGGAAAGGCCUAUACGAACUGACCGAACGCUGCGGGGCCCAGGGGGUUUUCGCAUACAAUCAAAUGGUUCAGCUGCAACAGGAUACACGGGGUGUUUCUAUUGCAGAAGGGGAUUCGUUGGUACUUUGUAUACGGCUUGCAUCCGAACUCCUUAUUGGAAGAUAUGAAAUGCCUCCUUCAUCUUAUCCAUCUUGUUUGCUUGCUCAGCAUGAGAAGGGCCUUUUCAAAGAAGCCCAAGAUAUUAUGCGGAGUUUCGGGAUGAAAAACGGGAAUCAUCGAAGCGACGACUUUAAUCGCCUGAUCCUUCCGCUCUGCGAGCCACUAAUUAAGGCAAUUGCAAACCGGCUUUCCUACGAAGCUGCGGUCCAGGCAAACGUGGACCAGUCUCUCGUUGACAUCUACGAGUCAAUUGCUAUCCAGGAAGAUGCGAGCUGGUAUGUCGAGAAAGCUGGUUUGUCGCGUCAGCAGAUUAUAGAGGGAGAAGACGCUGCGCUGAACUCCGCCCUGCCGAAUAUUAAAACUUUGCUUAAUAAUACUAGGGCGGAGCCGUAUUGCUCUGCUCCUAUAAUACAAGCGGAGCGGUGGGAUCGCUUUGUAUUGGAGCUUCCGAAAUAUAGAAGUCUUAAUUGUAAGAUUUGA